AUGCUUCCCUUCCACGACAGGCGAUUUACAAGCAGGACGGUCGUGUUUCAUGAUUCCUAUCAAACCGCUACAUGCAAGAAACGGCAGCAUGCGGGUGCUAGUCUGCAGAUUGCCUUACGAAAACCCACAACCCUCCUGCCACGUGGACCCCGAGCCAAAGGGAGCCGGGCCCGUCGGCCGCCCGUCCGACUCUUCCCCAAAGGGAGCCUGGGGUGUCCCUCGGCCCCCGUCGAAUGUUCCGGGAGCCAAAAGGGAGCCAGGGGUGUCGUCGUCCGGACUCCCCGUCCGAAUCCCGUUCCCAAAGGGAGCCAGGGGUUCCCGUCGGCCGCCGUCCGACUCUUCCCCAAAGGGAGCCAGGGGGUGUCCCGUCGGCCGCCCGUCCGACUCUUUCCCCAAAGGGAGCCAGGGGUGUCCGUCGGCCGCCCGUCCGACUCUUCCCAAAGGGAGCCAGGGGUGUCCGUCGGCCGCCCGUCCGACUAUUCCCCAAAGGGAGCCAGGGUGUCCCGUCGGCGCCCGUCCGACUCUUCCCCAAAGGGAGCCAGGGGUGUCCCGUCGGCCGCCCGUCCGACUCUUCCCCAAAGGGAGCCGCCCGUUCCGCCGUCCGACUCUUCCCAAAGGGAGCCAGGGGUGUCCCGUCGGCCGCCCGUCCGACUCUUCCCAAAGGGCCAGGGGGGUCCCGUCGGCCGCCCGUCCGACUCUUCCCCAAAGGGGGCCAGGGGUGUUCCCGACCGUCUGUCCCAAAAGGGACCAGGAGUCCCGUCGGCCCCGCCCGUCCGACUCCCAAAGGGAGCCAGGGGUGUCCCGUCGGCCGCCCGUCCCAAAGUUGUGUCCCGUCGGCCGCCCCCGUCUCUUGUUCCCCAAAGGGAGCCAGGGGUGUCCCGUCGGCCGCCCGUCCGAUCUUCCCCAAAGGAGCCAGGGGUGUCCCGGCCGCCCGUCCGACUCUUCCCCAAAGGAGCCAGGGGUGUCCCGUCGGCCGCCCGUCCGACUCCCCCAAAGGGAGCCAGGGGUGUCCCGUCGGCCGCCCGUCCGACUCUUCCCCAAAGGGAGCCAGGGGUGUCCCGUCGGCCGCCCGUCCGACUCUUCCCCAAAGGGAGCCAGGGGUGUCCCGUCGGCCGCCCGUCCGACUCUUCCCCAAGGGAGCCCAGGGGUGUCCCGUCGGCCGUCCGGACUCUUCCCAAAGGAGCCAGGGUGUCCGUCGGCCGCCCGUCCGACUCUUCCCCAAAGGGAGCCAGGGGUGUCGUCGGCCGCCCGUCCGACUCUUCCCAAAGGGAGCAGGGGGAGCCAGGGGUGUCCCGUCGCCGCCCGGUCCGACUCUUCCCCAAAGGGGAGCCAGGGGUGUCCGUCGGCCGCCCGUCCGACUCUUCCCAAAGGGAGCCUGGGUCGUCCCGUCGGCCGCCCGUCCGACUCUUCCCCAAAGGGAGCCAGGGGUGUCCCGUCGGCCGCCCAUCGGACUGUUCCCCAAAGGGAGCCAGGGGUGUCCCGUCGGCCGCCGUCGACCUGUUCCCCAAAGGGAGCCAGGGGUGUCCCGUCGGCCGCCCGUCCGACUCUUCCCCCAAAGGAGCCAGGGGUCCCGUCGGCCGCCCGUCCGACUCUUCCCCAAAGGGAGCCAGGGUGUCCCGUCGGCCGCCCGUCCGACUCUUCCCCAAAGCGAGCAGGGGUGUCCCGUCGGCCGCCCGUCCGACUCUUCUUCCCCAAAGGAGCCAGGGGUGUCCCCGUCGGCCGCCCGGUUCGAGAGCUCUUCCCCAAAGGGACCGGGGUGUCCCGUCGGCCGCCCGUCCGACUGUUCCCAAAGGGACCAGGGAUCCCAUUCGCCGCCCGUCGGACUGUUCCCCAAAGGGAGCCAGGGUGUUCCCGUCGGCCGCCCGUCCGACCUCUUCCCCAAGGGAGCAGGGAUGUCCCAUCAGCCCGCCGUCGGACUGUUUCCCAAGGGAAGGCGGGGAAAGGGAGCCGGGGAGUCCCGUCGGACUGUUCCCAAAGGGAGCCAGGGGUGUCCCGUCGGCCGCCCGUCCCGACUCUUCCCCAAAGGGAGCCGGGGAGUCCGUCGGACGUUCCCCAAAGGGAGCCAGGGGUGCCCGUCGCCGCCCGUCCACUCUUCCCAAAGGAGCAGGGGUGUCCCGUCGGCCGCCCGUCCGACUGUUCCCCAAAGGAGCAGGGGUGUCCCGUCCCGCCGUCGAAUGUUCCCCAAAGGGCAGGAGGGAGCCGGGUGUCCCGUCGGCGCCGCCCGUACGACUGUUCCCCAAAGAGAGCCGGGGUCCCGUCGACCGCCCGUCCGAAUGUUCCCCAAAGGGAGCCGGGGUCCCGUCGGCCGCCCGUUCGACUGUUCCCCAAAGGAGCCAGCGGGUGUCCCGUCGGCCACCCCCCCGUCCGACUCUUCCCCAAAAGGGAGCCGGGGUGUUCCCGUCGGCCGCCCGUCCGACUCUUCCCCAAAAGGAGCCAGGGGGUGUCCCGUCGGCCACCCGCCGACUCGGACCAGGGUCGUCCCACUCUUCCCAAAGGAGCCGGGGAGUCCCGUCGGCCGCCCGUCCAAUCUUCCCCAAAGGGAGCCAGGGUGUUCCCGUCGGCCGCCCGUCUCUUCCCCAAAGCCCAGGGGUGUCCCGUCGGCCGCCGUCCGACUCUUCCCCAAAGGGAGCCGGGGUGUUCCGCCGUCGCCGCCCGUCCGACUCUUCCCCAAAGGGAAGCCAGGGUGUCCCGUCGCCGCCCGUCCGACUCUUCCCCAAAGUCCCGUCGGCCGCCCGUCCGACUCUUCCCCAAAGGGAGCCAGGGCCCGUCCCGCCCGUCCGACUCUUCCCCAAAGGAGCCAGGGGUGUCCCGUCGGCCCGCCCGUCCGACUCUUCCCCAAAGGGAGCCAGGGGGUCCCGUCGGCCGCCCGUCCGACUCUUCCCCAAAGGGAGCCGGGGUGUCCCGUCGGCCGCCCGUCCGACUCUUCCCCAAAGGGAGCCAGGGGUGUCCCGUCGCCGCCCGUCCGACUCUUCCCCAAAGGGCGAGGGGCCGGGGCCGGUGUCCCGCCGGGGUCCCGUCGGCCGCCCGUCCGACUCUUCCCCAAAGGGAGCCAGGGGUGUCCGUCGGCCGCCCGUCCGACUCUUCCCAAAGGAGCCAGGGUGUCCCGUCGCCGCCCGUCGACUGUUCCCCAAAGGGAGCCAGGGGUGUCCCGUCGGCCGCCCGUCCGACUCUUCCCAAAGGGAGCCAGGGGUGUCCCGUCGCCACUCUUCCCCAAAGGAGCCAGGGUCCGUCGGCCGCCCGUCCGACUCUUCCCCAAAGGGAGCCAGGGGUGUCCCGUCGGCCGCCCGUCCGACUCUUCCCCAAAGGGAGCCAGGGUGUCCCGUCGGCCGCCCGUCCGACUCUUCCCCAAAGGGAGCCUCCCGUCACUCUUCCCCAAAGGGAGCCAGGGGGUCCCGUCGGCCGCCCGACUCUUCCCCAAAGGAGCCAGGGGUCCCGUCGGCCGCCCGUCCGACUCUUCCCCAAAGGGAGCCAGGGUGUCCCGUCGGCCGCCCGUCCGACUCUUCCCAAAAGAGAGCCAGGGGGUCCCGUCGGCCGCCCGUCCGACUCUUCCCCAAAGGGAGCCAGGGGUUCCCGUCGGCCGCCCGUCCGACUCUUCCCCAAAGGGAGCCAGGGUGUCCCGUCGGCCGCCCUCCCGACUCUUCCCCAAAGGGAGCCAGGGGGUCCCGUCGGCCGCCCGUCCGACUCUUCCCAAAAGGGAGCCAGGGGUGUCCCGUCGGCCGCCCGUCCGACUCUUCCCCAAAAGGGAGCCAGGGGGUCCCGUCGGCCGCCCGUCCGACUCUUCCCCAAAGGGAGCCAGGGGUCCGUCGGCCGCCCGUCCGACUCUUCCCCAAAGGGAGCCAGGUCCCGUCGGCCGCCCUUCCGACUCUUCCCCAAAGGGAGCCAGGGGUGUCCCGUCGGCCGCCCGUCCGACUCUUCCCCAAAGGGAGCCAGGGGUGUCCCGUCGGCCGCCCCAACUCUUCCCAAAGGAGCCAGGGUGUCCCGUCGGCCGCCUGUCCGACUCUUCCCCAAAGGCCAGGGGUCCGUCGGCCGCCCGUCGACUGUUCCCCAAAGGGAGCUCGGCAAAAGGGAGCCAGGGUGUCCCGUCGGCCGCCCGUCCGACUCUUCCCCAAAGGGAGCCGGGGUGUCCCGUCGGCCGCCCGUCGGACUGUUCCCCAAAGGGAGCCGCCCGUCGGCCGCCCGUCGGACUGUUCCCCAACGCGCCAAUUCCGCAAGUUCGGCUCGGGUCGCAACCAAUAUGACUUAGCCGCCGCACGGAAGCCAAAUCCUGGUGAUCCGGCGACAAAGCUUCGGGACAAAGCCCAUUACUCUGUGUAA